AACAAAAUCAAAAUGGCGGAAGAAAAACGCUCAAGCAAGAAACGCGCGAAAGAAGAGCAAAAUACUGAGGAUGAAAGUGAAGAUGAAAUGAUAGGUCCACUUCCAGUUCAAGCUAGUAAACCAAAGAAAAAGAAAGGUAUAUUUAUAAUGGAUAGACGUGAUUCUUUAAUUGCCAAAAUGCAGCCUUUUUUAAUAUGUUCAUAACUUCAUGUGUAGACAUGUGUAGUGUAGUCACAUAGACACUGAGACACAGACACUUGUUAGUUGUUGCAUGAAUACAAACAUGGCACCAAAAUUGUGACAAAUCACAAGGUUUUAGAUUUGUUAAAUUACUCUUAACGCAUUUCGCCAAUAUUCCACAUCAAAUUAUGCUGAGCAUGCAUCGCACAACUUCACACCAGAGAUAUGCCAAAAUAUUUGUAAUCAUAUGCAAAGAUCAUUUACAUUUACUUAUUUUUUGGUCAAUAUUGAUGCCAAAGCAAGUGGUGGGCAAAGAAUAUUUGAGUUGACUAAACAUCAGCUUUUCAUGAGUCAAACUAAUGUACGAGUCAAAUCCAACCGCGAUCAGCCCCCCCCCCCGGGCAACCCCAGGGCAUUUGACUUAACAUUACCCCCGUAUAGGCGGGAAUUUGACAGCCCGGUCGGGAAUUUGACGGCCCGGCCGGGCAUUUGACCACUUGACAACAACUUGCUCAGUGCUAGUUUUCCCUAAAAAUAUGUGUACAUUCUAGCGCUUUACGAGUUUUCUAUUUUGCGUCUUUUCGAUAGUUUGAAAAUUGCUUCUGAAUCACAAAUAUCAAUCAUAGAUAUAUGAUACAAUAUGCCCAGUUGAACAAAAAGAAGAACUGUCUGGCCUAUUUUUCGUUCUUUUUAAUCUUGAAAUACUUGUUCAAUUUAAUUUUAGUCAAAAUUCCAGAAACAGGACUACCCCUAUAGCAGGGCAUUUGACUGUGGUUUCUGCCUGUUCGGGCGGGCAUUUGACCGAUUAUUUUUUCAAAAGUCGGGUUGCCGGGGGGGGGGGGCUGAUCGCGGUUGGAUUUGACUCGUACAUAAUUUAAAAUUAAACAAUUAUGGCCAUGUAAAAAAAUAUCCCGGUCUAUCAUCAGUGGUAGACCGGGAUAUUUCCGCUCUCGCGGUCUGCCGGAAAUAGUGAUUUUAAAAAUAAAAAAUCCAUGUAGCAUGAAAAAUGGAUGCGGGCACUGAUGAUAACCAAGUUGUAUGGGCCGUAAUAAUUUUAUUUAAUGUGAUUGACGGCAUUGACACAAUUUUGAUCAAUUCAUGAAUUACAAAGCAGAAAACUUCUACAUUUUCCAGAUUAGACCAAACAAGAAUUUGUUGGUUUCAGGUUUCUGACCAACCUGUUAAAAAUGCCUCCCACCAUAAACAUUUUAUUUACAUACAGGGCUGCAAAUAAAUACUUGACUUGACAGGACAUUUGUCCGAUCACUUUUAAUUUUGGUCGGACAUAGCUUGAAUUUGGUCUGACAAAAACCAACACCACUAAAUUUGAUCAGACAUAUAUACGUCACAAGAUAUAUAUAAGUCACAAGACAGCAGUCACAGACAUACCGGGUGGCCCAAAAAAAAGUACUCCUGUUUGAUUCGUAAUAACAUCUAAACAAGUAUAGCUUUUAAAGAGAAAUAACUUGCAUCAAAUAGAGGAAGGACUAACUUAGACUUUGAUAUAUUACAGUUGUAUUUCACUUAAAAAUUCACGGAGAUAUUAAUCUUUAAAUUGGGGAGGAUAUUUCUGGAUGUGUCUGAAAUAUGCAAAAAUCGGCGUAUCAAAUAUUAAUCAAGAUUUGCCCGACUGAAACAUGCACUAUUACCAGUAAAUAAAUGACACUUGACAAAUUGUUUAUUAUGAAACAAAGUAUUAUUAUAUCUAUUAAUCCUGCUCUAACCGAGAAAUAAUCAACUUUGUUUUGAACCCAUGAAAAACAUAAAAAUAGGUUAUUUUAAGAAAAAUUGAAGCGCCUGCCUUGCAUGGUCUUUCAGUACCUUAAGUUUGCAAAGACCUAUUAAAUACUUACAUAAUUUCGAACGUUCAUAUUUCAGGAAACAAUAAGUUAAGACUUACAUGUAAAAUGUCUAAAUCUACGCCAUAUCCCUUACAAACCCUAACGACAAUUCGCUGAAAUACAAUUUACCCUGAUAUGUCAUUAAGCAAACAAACGCUGUAGUGAAAAUUUGAUACGCCGAUUUUCGCUAAUUUUAGACACAUCCCAAAAUGUGCUCCCGAUUUUGAACAUUAAUAUCUCCGUGAAUUUUUAAGUAAAAUACAACUGUAACAUAUCAAAAUCUAAGUUAGUCCUUCCUCUAUUUAAUGCAAGUUAUUUCUGUUUGAUAGCUUUACUUGUUUAGAAGUUAUUAUAAAUCAAACAGGAGUACUUUUUUUUGGGCCACCCGGUAUAUAUAGCCAUUCUGGCAGAACCUUAAGUAAAGUGCUAGAAUGACUCGUAAAUUUUAUUGCAGAAUGCAAAUUGAGUGAAUUUGCAAUCGGAUUUUGUCACAGCAAAAAAUGUAUAGUGUGACAGGUUUUUUUUGUGAUCAGACCAAUGUCCGAAUUGCCAAAUUUAGUUGGACAUUGUCCGAUGUCCGACAAUAAUUUGCAGCCCUGUACAUAUAAAAAGUAAAGCUUUCCUUCUUUACAACAAUAUGAUUUCUAUUUAACAUUUUGUCUGUCAUAAUUGUGUCUACGAUGCAAGUUAAUGAUAUUUCAAGAGAGGCUUGGACCUAACUUGUCUCACAUACAUGGAAACAAGGCUUAAAAGGCUUUUAUGACCAAAUUAUUCACUUUCUGGCAGGGUUUUGAAAUCUGUGGUGUUUCCUGCAAUCUGAUUAGCUCUUUGCAGUGCGAUUUUGAGCAUGAAUUGCACUCUUAGCAUCAGCCUUAGUUGUACAUAAUGCAGUUGCAGCAAACAAAGUCAGUACUUGAAAUGUUCCAAAAUUUGUAGUUUGUCAUCUCACUUUUAUAUAUGUUUAAAAGAUUAGUGAGUGACUUGGGACAGAUUUUAUAAGUUGUACAUGAUUUUUGCUUAGUUCUCUUUCUUUCUGUUUUAAGUGGCUUAGUUAUUCCAGCCCAAUGCCUGUAAAGCAACAGAUUGAUCUGUGUCAACAAUGUCAUCGCUCAUAUGUACUUAUGAUAAUUUCAGCAGCUCUAUUUUGGAGUUUUUGAAAUCUAUAAAUGUUUGCACAUGGUUUGGUUGAUGUUGUAUAUCCUUCCUAUGUCUGUAAUAAAUAAGUUUAGUUCCUUCUAUUUCUGUUUGCUUUUGUUUAUACUGUAAAAUGAAAGUUCAGCUUGUUUGAUUUUUGCUAUUCUAUGGUAUUCAGGGAGUAUCGCAGGUGUGUUUGUAAAUUAUACAGAAUAAUUAUAAUUGUAAAUUAUACUGUUUCCAGUGUCCAAAAUUGUUUCCGGUUUUAAAAUGAAUUCAGAUUUGAAGCAAAUGUUGUAUAAUUAUAACUACCUAAAUUCUGAGAAAAGAAAUGGAACAUUAGAUCUUCCACUAACAAUUUUACAGCUAACCUCUGAAAUAUUUAAAUAAUUAUCAAAUUUAAGUACUUCCAUGAGAUAAUAUGGAGUGGCACUUGCUCUGCUCUCUGCAAAGAAUAUACUCCUCAAACACUUAUUUUGUUUAGUGCUAACUUUAAACUUUUGUUAAACUAGAUUUACUGUACAUAAUUAUGCAUUUCCCCAACUCAUUACUCCAUAGAUUAAAUAAGUAUAAAUAAGUGCAUAAUAUGGUUGCUUAAUACAGGCACGGAUUUUCUGGGGGGGGGGGAAUGGGGGGGAGGGUGUGCACCGAAAUGAUUUGCACCAUUUAAAUCGGCUAUCGUCAGUUUCAUUGGGUAACAAUAUACGGUAGGCAUGCAUGCUCAAUCAAGAACAAUUUGGUUGUUUGAAAUUUUUAUCUGUACAUUUUAAUGACACACAAUUGGAAAAUUAAAAAGCAAAAAAAUUUUCUGUUUGCAAAGCAAAAAUUUCCCGCCAGAUAAACGACAUCCGGGACACCGGUCCAGAUACGGAAAAUACGGACCACGGUCCGGAUAUGGGUUUUUACAGACCGCUUGUCAACCAAUCAGAAUAGAGAAUUUUGAAAAGCCAUAUAAUAAAGAACAUUACAUUUGUCCAUUUAUUUUAUAAAUUUAUCUUUGGCUAUUAUGGUCAUGACUUAGUCAGUGGUCUAAUGGCUUUAUAAUAUCACGUGGUGUCAUUGAUGAUAAAACUAAAACUAAUGUACUUCUUUUGCAGUUUUCAAAUAACUGAAGAAUCUUGAUUUACGUGUGGGUAUUCUCUUUAGGCCUAAAAAAAUACCUGUGGUUCCGGUUUCCCGACCGACCCUAUUUUUUUCUCCCGACCCUAUUAUUUUUUCGACGCGUGCGACCCUACUUUCUCCGGAUGGUUGCGGGCUGCUCAUACAGCGUGCCAAAAUGGCCUCUGUUGUCACAAUAAUUAUUGAACUAAAUUGCCUAAAUUCGUCCAUAGGAAAUAUGAAUCUCUAGUUAAUAUCGAUGUCGGGACUGAAUAUCGCCCAGGAUAAAAACGCCAAAACCAUGAAAAAACUAUUCAAAAAAAAAAUUAUUUCCCACCUUUUUAGGCCUUAUGCAUGUGUACUGUAACUUUGUUGAACGCUUCAGUUCUAGAAUUUGAACAAGUAUAUCUGGACAACUUACCAUCAUCAGAAUCGUACGAGAAAAGUUACAUGCAUCGUGAUUUCAUCACGCACAUUGUGGCCACAGGGUAAGUUUGUAGACACAUGCAUAUAAUACUUAUCACUUAUUUACUGAGACCGAGGGAAAUAGUGUGUUUUGUGGACCCGAGACAGACAUCGACGGUCGAGAGUCCACAAAACACACUGCUUUCCCGAGGUCUCAGUAAAUAAGUGUUUUAAUUUAUAUCAAUAGUCAAAGAAACAACAAAUUAAAGAACAAAUGAACGUAAAUACAUGAAAUAUUUUAUUGUUAAAACGUUAUAUUAAACAAUGGCUACACUGCAGUUACUUAAAGCGAAAGUUUUAAUUACGUACUAGGCAUGUCCAAAGGUCGCACCUUAACGUGAUGGCGCACGUGAUUUUUUUUGUUAUUCGCCGGUCGAUAACGUAUUAUCUCCCUCUCGCGCUGUUGCGAGGGAGACAGCCUAAUUUCGUCACUCUCACGUGAUAUGCUCUCAACCAAUAAAACACUAGAAAAAUGCGACUUUGACUAUUGAUAUAUAAUAAUGUUUAUUAUGCACUCACGCGCACUUAACCAAUCAGUGAUCGUUGAGAGGGUCACGUGCCGAUCCAAUAUUUUACGAUAUUGGACAGGAACCUAUUGGACAGUUGCGAAUCGUGGCUUUUUUCAUGGUUUUUCAACCCUUUUCAGAUGUUUUGUCAAUUCAAACAUACGACAAGCGAUAUGGCAGCAUAAUGAAAAGAAUUUGGGACAUUAAUACAGUUUUUUCUACCAGUUUUGUGUCGCGAAAUUCAUUUGUUUGCAACAUGCAGCCUCGACGUUCCAGGUCAAAUUUCCUUUAAACAUGGAAUUGAGUUUAUUUAUGCACACAUAUUUGUAAAAUAUAUAUAUAUAUAUAUAGUAAUGUUGUCGCUGUAUUAUUUUAUCGCUUAUUGUCAAUUUUUUGUUAUAGAAUUGUUUUGUUCGAUAUAAUAAAACUCUUAUUGGAUUCAUCUUCGCCCAAUAUGGCAAAAUAUUAAGUCUCGACUUCAAUAUUAGGCUCGACCUUCGGUCUCGCCCAAUAUUGAAGUCUCGACCUAAUAUUUUGCCAUAUUGGGCUCAGAAGAAUCCAAUAAGGUAUACUAAUAAGUUGUUUCUAAUAAGUUGGUUCCGAUGUCGCAAGGAACAACUUUUAGCGAUAAAUUAUGAAAUUUAUUGGCUCGCCAACGACUUGCACUGUGCUGUGGAACAUCGCAUAAAUUGCUUUUCCGCGUUUGACGUCAUUACUUGAAAGGUAUUUCAAACACUCAUUAAUAAUUCAUAAGCUUAUUGGCAAAUCAUGUCAACCAUGCAGUGGCUUUAAAUCUGAUAAAACACUCCUAAUUAGUAUUCUUUAUAUAAAGAAUACUAAUAAGGCAGUAUCUAUUGUAGUCGUGUCCUCGUUAGUAUUUUUUAUGUAAAGAAUACUAAUAAGGCAGUAAAUCUAUUGAAUUUGUAGUCGUGUUUGAAGCCGUUUAAUAAACUCGCAGGUCGUGUUUUAUUAGGUCUAAAGCCACUCGCGCUGCGCGCUCGUGGCUUUAAACCUAAUAAAACACUCCUGCUCGUUUAUUAAACAGUACAUUACUGUUGCUAACGGUGGACCGCGGAUGGAACUUUUUGCUAUCCGGCCAAAUACCGAAUAUGCCAGAUAGCUGAAAUAAAUCCGGCCAGAUACCGAAUGGUUUUAAUGAAAGGCUCGGCUUCAUUUAAGAUUCAAUAUAGUUUUAAUUGGUUAAAACGUGAAGAUGUUUAUAAUAUUGUGACUUGAAAUAUGAAAAUGUUUCAAGUAUCCCAAUACCAAUUUCACAAUUGUCAUACUUAUAAAGCACAACUUGCAUGCAGGUUUCGAAAUGUUUCUAAUUUUUUGCCUGUCCAUCGAGACAGCUUGUAAAUGUGUAUUUUUACCUGUCUCCUCCGUUAUUCAGCCUGUACAAUAUUUAUGACAGGCAGUUAUAUUUGAUGUACCUGUACUUACUCUGAAACGAAACACGCACCAACUAUUCUUGCCCAUACAAUGUAAUAAUUGAGUAAUGACGUUUUAAAAAUGAAGUCUUUAAACUUAAUACUUUUGAACAGCUUUUUCCUGCUUGUAUUAGUGCCAGCAUGCGGUUUUAAGGCCCGCACGUGAAUUCUUCCGUUCGUUUUAUGUUCAAGCAAUUUUAGUUCUGUCUGGGUGAUAUGUUAUGUAAAAUACUUUACAUGCCAUUGUUUUUUAUAUUUACACAGAUAAUUUUCGUUUAUUUUACAGGACUGACUUCUUAGUCACUGCCAGCUGUGAUGGUCACGUGAAAUUUUGGAAGAAAACUGAAGAAGGCAUAGAAUUUGUUAAACAUUUCAGGAGUCAUUUGGGUACGGUACAGUACUGUAUAUGGUUACAGAAAGUAGCUUUAGGCGCUGUUGCCACCUGCCUUGCAACUUGCCUCACCUGUCCUCCAAGACAACUCCCCCAGCACCCCUCAUUCAAUGUUGUUCGGUCACAUGCAUUAUUGCUGUGCCAGAUUUCCAGCUAUUAA